AUGGCUGUGGUAGUGGAGCAGGAUGGAUGGGAAGAGAACUCUGCGCAGGAGCUCGACCUGAUUCUCAGGACCGUCAUCCCGAAAGCGAGCCCGCACUCCCCCCUUAGAGAGCCUAAGAAAGAACUAGUGGUGCGAGAUGUCUCCAGUGGGAGUGUCUCCUUUUUGCCCUUAGAAGAAGAUAAUGAGGGGAAUUUGGAGGUUAAAAUGAGCAACGUGUAUCAGCUCCGUCUCCAUCACAGCGAAGGAGAAUGGGUUGUCUAUCCCAAGCCUGCCUGGUUCGGAGAACUGCUGUCCAAGCUGGCCAGGUGGGCGGUGGAGAACAGGAAGAGCGAGUUUAAAAGCACACUUUCCCUGGUGUCCAUCCUGCGUUAUAGCAAGAUGUACCAGGAGCUCAAAGAGAAGUACAGAGACAUGGUAAAGGUAAUGCUAGAGAACUUUUCAUUUCAGCAUCCAGGCAGAGGGAUUGAUGUCCGAAGAAGAAAAAUCUGGGAUAUGUAUGGACCCCAAACUCAGCUGGAGGAAGGUUCCAUCACUCCGAGUGACAAGACCCUGUUCCCUGGUGUUGAUUGGCUGAUUGGUAACCAUUCUGAUGAGCUCACCCCCUGGAUCCCUAUUCUCUGGGUUUCUUUCCUCUCCAGGUCUUCCUACACCUGUCGGUUCUUCGUCCUGCCCUGCUGUUUCUUUGACUUUGUGGGGCGAUACCCACAGAGCCCGCCUGGUGGGGGACAUGCACCUUCUGAACCUCAGAGUGCUGCUCACGAUGCUGGUCACCAGGACAGUCACAGGACCUUUGAUGCUGGGGCUGAGUGCAUGCUGGAGGGCCUAGCUGCUGAGGGAGGAGCAGGAGCCCCAGCCACAGGACUCUGGGUGCCUGGGUUCUGCCCUAGAGAAAAGACCGAGCGUGUGAGGAAUUGUGCUGCCCUCCCUCGAGACUUCAUUGACCAGGUGGUUUUACAGGUGGCAAAUUUGUUGUUAGAUAGAGGGAAGUUCAACACGGGCAACUCUGAAGCCGGGAAUCUGAAGACCUGGAAUGGAGGAGGUAGGCCCACUGAGGCAGCUCACUGGCCAUUGUGAACUCUGGGUCCUCUGUAGCUCAGCACACUCAGGGUGGGAGUGAGCGCUGUCCACGGUGCCAUUCAGGAGAGGACAGCAAGC